CGUUAUUCCCGACCAUUGGUUUUAGUAUAUUUAAACAAUUAUACGCUUAAGUAUACAAACCUAACCAGUAAAAUGAAAACAAUCUAAGAUCUUAGAGACACUCAAUGGUGUUUCGGGACAUUUUGAGCUCCCACGCGCAUCCUUUUUGUUUCACAGAAAUCUUUAGAAAAAAUCUGAAACAAGUGCCACCCAAUGAGCAAAGCUCAGCGAAAAUACUAUGGUAAAGCUUUAGCUUCACCCCGUGGCCUUUAUAAAGUUACUAUGGACGUCAUCAUGUGUCCUAUAUUUAGUAUUCUUAUGUUAAGCCUUCACCAUAGUAUGAUUCGUAUACAGUAACGCGCUCACGAGAAUUUCAUUGCGUGUUGAGACAGAAGAGCGAAAGUAAGCAACAAUUGUUUAUUAUUGACAACUCAAGCAACGCCUCGCCUGUUUUCUACCAUCAUCCGUGCUGAAGGACUUCUCUAGCUUCGCAGAGUGAUGUCACGCUCUCAGUGGUUCUUCCUGUCUGCUGUGUUGUGUUUGGCCCAUCCUGAACUGAUUUUGGGUCAGAACUGCUCAGAGAACUGUAAAGCAUGCGGAGGAGCAGAAAAAGAUCAAUGUCUGCAGUGUCACGCAGGAUUUAGUCUGCAUGACAACAUGUGUGUGGAUAUUGAUGAAUGUGGCACUGAACUGGGCUACUGUUCCCACAACACAUACUGCUUGAACACUCAUGGGUCUUACCAGUGCAGAGCAUGCGACAAGGCUUGCUCGGGGUGUAUGGGUGGAGGACCAGCCCGCUGUAGAAAAUGUGCACCCGGAUACAGAUCUUCAGCAAUGAAAUGUUUAGAUAUAGAUGAAUGCGGUGAGGAAACUUUGGCCUGCCCUGGUCUCAAUGUCAUCUGUGUAAAUACAGAAGGUUCAUUUCACUGUCCGUGUGCGGAAGGUUAUACACGCAAAAGCACGGGCUGUGAGAGAGACCAGGCAGCAGCUGGUGAAGGAACAGGCAUUUUUGAUAACAUUCAAGAUGAUGAAAUCGAGGUCCUGCAGCAGAUGUUUUUCGGUGUGGUGCUGUGUGCAUUGGCCACACUGGCGGCUAAAGGAGAUCUGGUGUUCACCUCCAUCUUUAUGGGGGCGGUGGCGGCCAUGUUUGGAUACUGGCUGUCUGAUAAGACCGACCGAGUGAUGGACACCCUCAUCAGAGGGAGAUAACUAACAGCAAAAAAACCAUUCGAAUGGAACAAACAAAAUGCGACAACAUUCUCCAU